GCGAAAAAUCGAGUCGCUGGCGAAAAUGUCAAACAUGUCGCAGGACGACGUGACGACGGGCCUACGUACCGUUCAGCAGGGACUUGAAGCUCUUCGUGAGGAACACUCGACAAUUUCGAAUACUUUGGAGACUAGUGUCAAAGGUGUGAAAGAAGAUGAAGCUCCAUUGCCGAAGCAGAAGCUUUCACAAAUUAACGAUAAUUUGGAUAAGUUGGUGUGCGGAGUUGAUGAGACAUCGUUGAUGCUGAUGGUAUUCCAACUCACUCAAGGAAUGGAUGCUCAACAUCAGAAAUACCAAGCUCAACGGAGACGCUUGUGCCAGGAGAAUGCGUGGCUUCGUGAUGAGUUGAGUUCAACUCAAAUCAAACUUCAACAGUCGGAGCAAAUGGUUGCUCAAUUGGAAGAGGAGAACAAGCAUCUUAAGUAUAUGGCAUCAAUCAAACAAUUUGAUGAUGGAACUCAAAGUGAUACUAAGACAUCUGUCGAUGUUGGACCACAACCAGUCACAAACGAAACUCUUCAAGAACUUGGUUUUGGACCAGAAGACGAAGAAGAUAUGAAUGCUAGUCAAUUCAACCAACCAACACCAGCCAACCAAAUGGCGGCUUCUGCUAAUGUUGGAUACGAAAUUCCAGCUCGUCUUCGCACACUUCACAACUUGGUCAUUCAAUACGCCUCCCAAGGUCGUUAUGAAGUUGCAGUUCCAUUGUGCAAGCAAGCUUUGGAAGAUUUGGAGAAAACGAGUGGUCACGAUCAUCCAGAUGUUGCCACAAUGCUCAAUAUUUUGGCACUUGUCUACAGAGAUCAGAACAAGUACAAAGAGGCUGCAAAUCUUCUGAAUGAGGCUCUCAGUAUUCGUGAGAAAUGUCUUGGAGAAAGUCAUCCAGCUGUUGCCGCCACUCUCAACAAUCUCGCAGUUUUGUUCGGAAAACGUGGAAAGUUCAAGGAUGCUGAACCGCUUUGCAAGCGUGCUCUUGAAAUUCGCGAGAAAGUUCUUGGAGAUGAUCAUCCAGAUGUGGCCAAGCAACUCAAUAAUCUUGCUCUUCUUUGCCAAAAUCAAGGAAAGUAUGAAGAAGUCGAGAAGUAUUACAAGAGAGCUCUCGAAAUCUACGAGAGCAAACUUGGACCUGAUGACCCGAAUGUGGCAAAGACCAAGAACAAUUUGUCAUCUGCUUACUUGAAACAAGGAAAAUAUAAGGAGGCUGAGGAGUUGUACAAGCAAAUUCUCACCAGAGCUCAUGAAAGAGAGUUCGGACAGAUCAGUGGAGAGAAUAAACCAAUUUGGCAAAUCGCUGAAGAACGAGAGGAGAACAAGCACAAGGGAGAAGGUGCAACUGCCAACGAACAAGCUGGAUGGGCAAAAGCCGCCAAAGUUGAUAGUCCAACCGUCACAACAACUCUCAAGAACCUUGGAGCCCUUUACCGGCGACAAGGAAAAUAUGAAGCCGCCGAAACAUUGGAAGAUGUCGCCUUGAGAGCAAAGAAACAGCAUGAGCCAUUACGAAGUGGAGCGAUGGGCGGAAUCGAUGAAAUGAGCCAGUCGAUGAUGGCUUCUACAAUCGGUGGAUCCAGAAACUCGAUGACAACGAGCACAUCUCAAACUGGAUUGAAGAAUAAACUAAUGAAUGCACUCGGAUUCAACUCUUAAGAGCAUCUCUUUGCAGCACUGACUGAAAACCGCUUAUCGUUCUUGUAUUAAUAAGUGCUCGUUGAUUCAAGUUCCAAAUUCUGAAAUUUUGUCUCAGAUCUACGAAAACUUGCUUUUUUCUUCUUUCGUUGUGUUGUGCAUGAUUCUUUUUUUUUUGAUUGAUUUUUCUUUCUGCCCCAUCCCCUCAUUCACAAAAUCUUGUUCAUAAAUAAUAGGGUUGAAUAAUUGAAUGUUUCCUUGUCCGCCCCCACCAACUUUUUGGUAAAGCUUUAUAUUGUCUGCUUCGAAUUUUCUUUUCAAGCAAAAAAAAAAACAUAAUUAUAACAAGCUGAAAAAUCGUGUUGUUGUAAAUAAAGGGUUUAUUUU